CAGUCAAGCUGGUGUCGCUUCGCAAGAUUUUGGUACCCAAAGCAGCGGAACCGGGAUUUAGCAUCCUUCCUCUGAUCACACGUUUCUUAAAGCAAGCAUUCUGCGCGUUUGAACAUCGCCUCUUCAUACCCAACACCUCCUCCCAGCCCGCCCCCUAGUUCCUUCCCACCCUCUACCUCGCCCCCCCACCCCGCCCCCAGCCUGCGCAUGCGUCCUAAGAACCCCCUACACUCGCGGCACAAGCUGAGAGUAUUGUCGGGGGCUAUUCUCUCUCCCAGGAACAUGGCGGCGAGUCAGGGAGGUGGUGGUAACAGUGGGGGCGGCGGUUGUGGUGGAGGUGGAAGUAGCGGUGGCGGUGGCGCGGCCGGAGGGGGAGGUGGUGGAACCGGAGUGGGAGGCGGCGGCGGCGGCGGCGGCGGCGGGACCCUGGUGGUGCCCAUCCCGGUACCGACUCUUUUCGGUCAGCCGUUCCCCAACGGGCCGCAGUGGAACCCGGGGAGCCUACAGCCUCAACACACCGUGAGGAGCCUGGACCGGGCCCUGGAGGAGGCGGGCAACUCCGGCAUCCUGAGCCUCAGUGGUAGGAAACUCCGAGACUUCCCGGGCAGCGGCUACGACCUGACGGACACCACCCAAGCAGAUCUUUCAAGAAAUCGUUUUACAGAAAUUCCUUCUGAUGUCUGGUUAUUUGCACCUCUUGAAACGUUAAAUUUGUAUCAUAAUUGCAUCAAAACCAUUCCUGAAGCCAUUAAAAACCUACAGAUGUUAACAUACCUUAACAUUAGUCGAAAUCUUUUAUCAACAUUGCCAAAAUACCUGUUUGAUCUUCCCCUUAAAGUUUUGGUCCUCAGUAAUAAUAAACUGGUAUCCAUUCCAGAAGAAAUCGGGAAGUUAAAAGAUUUAAUGGAAUUGGAUAUUAGCUGCAAUGAGAUUCAGGUUCUUCCCCAACAAAUGGGAAAAUUACAAUCACUUAGAGAGCUAAAUAUAAGAAGAAAUAAUCUUCAUGUAUUGCCAGAUGAAUUAGGAGAUCUUCCCUUAGUCAAGCUGGAUUUCUCUUGUAAUAAAGUGACCGAAAUUCCAGUUUGUUACAGGAAGCUGCAUCAUUUACAAGUAAUAAUUUUGGAUAACAAUCCAUUGCAGGUACCACCAGCGCAGAUAUGUUUAAAAGGUAAAGUACACAUAUUUAAAUACUUAAAUAUCCAAGCAUGUUGCAGAAUGGAUAAGAAACCAGAUUCUCUGGAUCUUCCAUCAUUGAGUAAAAGAAUGCCCUCCCAACCUCUCACAGACAGUAUGGAAGAUUUUUAUCCAAAUAAAAAUCAUGGCCCUGACUCUGGAAUUGGAAGUGAUAAUGGAGAGAAACGAUUGUCUACAACGGAACCAUCAGAUGACGACACAAUCAGCCUUCAUUCUCAAGUCUCAGAAUCAAAUAGAGAGCAGACAUCAAGAAAUGACAGUCACUCAGUAGGAAGUAAACCUGACUCUCAGAAAGACCAGGAGGUGUAUGAUUUUACUGACCCCAACACAGAUGAUGUAGCAGUUCCUGAACAAGGAGAUGCACCUAUUGGAUCAUUUGUUGCUUUCCUGAAGGGAAAAGAAAAAGGCCCUGAAAAAUCUCAGAAAAAUGAAGAAUUGGGAGAUGAAAAAAGACUUGGGAAAGAGCAAUUACUUGCCGAGGAAGAAGAUGAUGGUUUGAAAGAAGUAACUGAUUUGAGGAAAAUAGCUGCUCAGUUAUUGCAGCAAGAGCAGAAGAACAGGAUUCUUAAUCAUUCAACUUCUGUCAUAAGAAACAAGCCAAAACAAACUGUGGAAUGUGAAAAGAGUGUCUCAGCAGAUGAAGUUAAUUCACCAUUAUCACCCCUCACAUGGCAGCCCUUAGAAAAUCAAAAGGAUCAAAUAGAUGAACAACAGUGGCCAGAAUCUCAGCCUAUAAUCUGGCAGAGUGAAGAAAGGAGGCGGAGCAAACAGAUUAGAAAAGAAUAUUUCAAGUAUAAAUCAUCAAGGAAGAGUUCAAGUGGCAAUGAAAACGAUGAGCAAGACAGUGAUAAUGCUAAUAUGUCACCACAAUCUCCAGUAUCAUCUGAGGAGUAUGAUAGAACUGAUGCUUUUUCACAUGGUCCCUUUGGCUUGAAGCCUAGAUCAGCUUUUAGCCGCUCAUCUCGUCAGGAAUAUGGGGCAGCAGAUCCAGGUUUUACAAUGAGAAGAAAGAUGGAACAUCUACGGGAAGAACGAGAGCAAAUACGACAACUUCGCAAUAAUCUCGAAUCCAGGUUAAAAGUAAUUUUGCCUGAUGACAUUGGAGCUGCACUGAUGGAUGGGGUUGUUCUUUGCCAUUUAGCCAAUCACAUAAGGCCACGCUCUGUAGCUAGUAUUCAUGUGCCAUCACCAGCAGUGCCUAAACUUAGCAUGGCAAAAUGUCGAAGAAAUGUAGAAAAUUUUCUUGAUGCUUGUAAAAAGUUGGGUGUCUCACAGGAAAGACUCUGUUUGCCUCAUCAUAUUUUGGAAGAAAGAGGUCUUGUGAAAGUUGGUGUCACAGUUCAGGCUCUUCUUGAAUUACCUACAACCAAGGCAUCUCAGCUUUCUACGGCUUGAUAUAACAUUUAAAAAUCAUAAGUGUCUAGUUUCAUUUAUUUGAAGUGAUUUCAAAUAUCUCAAAUUUAUGAAUAAGGAUGUCUAAUCAAAAAUAAUUUUAUUAGAUCAAGCCUUAGGUUUAAGAAAUAUUAUGUUAAAACAUUAAAAUUCAAUUUUGCAUUGCCCAAACUUCUUUUGGGGGAAAACUGGAUCAACUUAAUAAGAGUUUUUGAUAAAUUCAAAUUCUCUUUUUACUAAGUCAGCUGAUAACCUUGAUUAUUUUUCAAUAAUCAGAUUAAUACUAAAUUUAAAAUGUGGUUUCAAUUCAAUAAUCACAUUAGGUUUAAUUUUUUUUUUAUCAUAGCAUACUGGUGAACAUGUGGAUAAGGUAAUCAUUUUUUACCAAUUUAAAACAAUUCUAUAUUUGAGUUAUUUAAUAUACUUGUAAUUCUAGUUUAUACAUAAUUUCUUCAAUCUUUGGUCUUAGUUUUCUAGAAGAAAAGUGAGUAGAAAUUAUAGAACUCUGGCUUUAUAUUGAAUUCUUUUAGGAUUAUAGGUUGGUGCCAAAAUAUUUUCAGUUGUACUGUAGAUUGUUUACAUGUGAAGUGCCUGUGUAAUUGAUGACUCAUAUAGUCUUAAGCAUUUUUGCAAUUUCUUUUUAUGUAUUAAUGGAAUCAAUGGAAUUUUAAAAUAUUUUAGUAGAUUUUGUAAGUUCAGUAGUAAUAUGUGAGGAUAAAUGUGCCUCACAUUGUGACAUUUGUGUUUUUUUAUUUAGUCCAUUGCAGUUUUCGUAAAUUGGUUAUUUCAUGUUGUCAGAAAAACAAUGUUAAUAUGCUUAAUUUAUGCUAUUUAAUUUUGCAAAACUUAAUCAUCUUUUAAAAUGUAUUAUUUGAAGAGUAUUUUAUUUCUGUAUUGAAAAUGUUACACAAAGCAGUAAGGUUUUUUUUGCGAAUUAGCAGAGUACUUAAUUGUCAAGGACAUUUUGAUAAAACUGCCAAAGUUUGGAUUUAUAUCUUGACUUUCAGGAACGUUAUUACAUCAGUGUGCUGCCUUUGGUUACAUUCAGAUUCAGAGAGCAGCAAUUGAGGAAUAGGUUUUUAUUAGAAAAUAUGUCCAUUUGUGGAUCCUGUAAAUCUUAACUGAUCCUCAACAUGAUGUUGAAAUAAACACAAACCAUUCUAUAAAUCUUUUCAUAAGUAUACUGUUACAUAAAGUCCUUGUUUAAUUUAGAGAUGGAUAAAUUUGCAUUGGUAGUAGUGCAGGAAUUUUUCAAAACCAUUACUGUGAUGAAUAACUCAGUUUGCUAUAGAAAAACCUUAGUAUAAUUACUUUUGUAGUAGUCAAGCAAGUAUCAUAUCUUAAAUAUGUGAUUAUUUGCACUUGUUACCUCUUAAUAUGGAUGCAACUUAUUAAAAAUGUUGGCCUGGGUAUUUCAAAGGUAUAUAUAAAAGGUAAAAACUAUUGUGCCAAAUGGUAUAGUAAGGGUUGGUUUAGGAACAACUCUACUUUUUUUGAUCAGUCGGCAUGAAGCCAUAUAAUUAAGUUUUGGCUUUAGGAUACAGAUGUGUUCUUUACAUCCCCCAAGGGUCAAAUUGAAGCUUUUAAAGAAUUAAAGCUUCUUAUGACUAAAAGGUUUAAAAAUUAAAUUAUUAGUAAUUUAUUACUUUAAGUAUUUGAGCUAAUUAGUUAUUAUUUUUCAGUUGGAUCUUAAAAAACGGCAUUGACAUAAUCAAUCUCUCUAGUGAAAACUUGGGUAAUAAAGGUAAGAAUUGACAAAUACCUUAGUUGUUAGUUUUUAAUGUAAAAAUUUGACAGUGUUACAAAUAAAGUGAUCAUUAAAGGCUACAGCAAUCAUUCAUACUGCUUUCAUAGUUAUCAUGCUGUAGGAUUCCUCUUGUUAAUCUAGAUGUUAAUUAUUUUACAAGUAUUUUCAUGUUUCAUAUCAUUGAAAUAUUAGUGAAAUUAUAGGCCAUUUCCUUAUUGCAUUUCACUUACUUGUCAAUUAAUUAUUACUUUAAAGAGAAAAUACACCAGAACCUUUGUAGCAUUCUUUACUGCAAAGCAAAAUUCCAUUUAAGAUGGGUCUGUCUGAGGUCCAUACCAUGGCAGUUUAUUUACUGUAGUGGCAAAAGGCAACAUCACCUCUAUGGCAGUUUCACAGCAUAGUCCCCAAGCACACAUUAUACCAAGGCUCUGAUGUAUUUCUUUUAGUAUUUUUGAGUAAGUGUAAAAUUUACUCUAAAUGGUCUUUAUGGUUAUUAUAUAUUUACUUCAUCAGUUAUUGAAUUGAGAAUAACUAUCAUUAUUUGAAUUAGAUUUGUGAUUUGAAGAAGGUUAAAUAAUCAAACUAAAAUAUUUUAUUAGGACCUAAAACAUGCAGUAGAUAGCUGCUUCUGCUAAAUUUUAUUCCUGUAUCGCACAAGAAAGAGGUGAUGUCAGAUAUGUUAGAAUUGAAAUAAGGAGUAAAAAUACAUUACCGUUUGUUUAAUAAUUAUCUUUACAGAAUGCUAGUUUAUUGACUUUUCUAACUGAAUUUUUUGAAGAAUUCAGAAAUGUUUGUAUUGGUCACAGAUCUAUCAUGAUUGAUUUUCUGAUGCAUUUAAAAAUAAAUGGAACAUUAAAUGUAUAUUACUGAUGCAAACUGUGGAUAAAGUUGAACAAAAAAAUUAA